AUGAACAAGAGUGAGGAGCAACCUCUUUCCACCGCUGAAUGCAUUCUCAACAAACCCUCCGCAGCAUUAACUUUUCAGCUUGCAAUGCAAUUGCGUGAAUACACGCGGGACAACGACUCUAACCUCACGCAGGCACUGAAGCGAUUAGUGCAGGUGCACUCUCCGUUGUUGAAGCGAGACCACGUUUUGUGUUCUCUCUCGCUCUCGCUCUCUCUCGUGGCACUUGGCCACGCAGAGAGCAAUGUUGAACAGGUCAGGCGCAAAGAAACUCCACCUCAUUGA